CUUCUCUCCACUGUGAUAUUGAUUUACGUUUUCAAACAUGGCGGAAAAUUCAGCCAAGGUCGCCGACAUGGCGAGGAUUCUUGCCAUCGUGCACAUCAUUGUGGGAUCUUUACUCAUCUGCUUCGGCAUCGCUGACCGUGCAGUGGAAUACUUUUGGACAGGCUAUGGAUGUUACGGCAUUUGGAUGGGUGUUUGGAUGUGCGUAGCAGGAGGUCUGGGUAUACCUGGGACUCGGAAAGAACGAAGUACUUCCCGCAAUGCGUUUGCUGGUGUGUUUAUGGGGUUCUCGAUCACCUCAGCCGUGUUUGGUGGAACAAUCAUCAUUUGUUACAGCAUAGCCAUUGCUUUUUACCGAGACGACUAUCGGUAUAACUACUAUGACCCAUACUACAAUGACUACGAUUAUUGGCCUACAGAGGGCUACUACUAUAGUAGAAGGGAACGCCACGACAAAUUUGACGCAGAAAUGGCUCUGAGUGCCAUCAUUUUGAUCCUUGGCAUUGUAGAGUUUGCCAUUGGUAUCUGGGCUGCCGUGUGCCUCUGUAUGAUGAAACCUUGCACAUGUUGCUAUGGCAGUCCACCACAACAGGGUCAGGUGAUGUAUGCUCCCAAUAGUGGUUAUGCCAUGACCCAAUAUCCUGGUGGUGUUCCUGUGGCCGUUCCGAUGCAUGCAGGUGGUGGCAUGGUUCCAGUCCAAACUGUCACACCAGGGCCUCAGGGAGGCCAACCUCAAAUGGUCGUGGUACCCGUUUCCGGAAUGGUAGGUAACCAACCUCAGUUUGCUCACAUUGCUACAUCCGGAGCCAUGACCACAGCUUCCCAACCUCAGGUGCCACCCACAUAUGGACACGGAGGUUAUACUAAGAUGGAAAACGACGAGUUUCCAGUGAAUACCUGAGAUGUGCGACAAUAAUUAGGUGGUAGCCUGGUAUAAACCAUAAACACCAGUUGUACGUCUCUCACGGAAGACAAAAAACUGUUUGCAAACAUAGCUUUAGUUCUCAAUGUGCUAGCAUUUUACUUAUAUACCCUUCAGCACCAUUAGCGAUGUAAGAUAAAGUAUUACAAGGUUUUUUUUUUCCUCUGGAGUUUUAAACCUUCAGAUAAAUUGCCCAUAGCACCUUAACGAAUAAACUUAGAGUAGCAAAAAUAAUUAAAAACUGGAUCAUUAGAUAAUGUAAUUCAAGAGUUUUCAUUGGCUUAGCUAUUGUGGUAUAUUAAGCCAUUAUACCAUGCUCUUCAAAUAUAGGAAUAAGUUUUGGAAACGUUUUUUUUUUUUUUUAUUUUUAAUUUCAGUUUGUUUUAGUUUUCUAUAUUUUGGAGGCGUUUUUCAGUAAGACAUUAUUCCACUUGCGCUUGCUGGAUAUGAGAUGAUUAUAGCCAACGAGGCGCUACGCACCUCGUUGGCUAUCUACCAUCUCCUAUCUAUCGCGCGCUUGUGGAAUAGUGGUUAAUUAUUCAGCCUGUCUUAUCCUGUUACGUCAGAGUGCAGUUAUAAUGGCAGUUAUAAGCACAUCCUUUUGUUGUAGUUUUUGAAAACUCCUUGUUAAACUUGAUUCAACCCAGUAUAGAUCUAAGAUAAAACAUAUUACAAGCAGACUGUUUUUUUUUUCUUUUCAGGUAAAGUUUUAUAGCUUGAGAUUAAUUGUCUUAGCAACUUAAUAAACAAGCUUAAACUAGCAGA